UGCUUAGCUCGGUAGGGAAAAACCGGAAAGGGAAGAAAAAAAUUCCCAACCUCCAUUCCACGGUGCCAAGAGGAAGAGCGAUCGAGGCGCAGUGGGGGAGACCGGGAGAGUGCGCGUAGAGGAGAAAGAGAGAUCCAUCCAAAAUACUCCUCCACCCUCCACGUAAAGCUAGCUGUAUUCCUCACCACCGUCGCCACCACGCACACUCCUCUCCCACCUCCUCUCCCCUCACUCUCCCUCUCUCUCUACCCUCUUUCUCUCUCUACCUCUCAAGAUCUGUCGCGGACGCGGAAUUCAGCUUGCUUCUCCCGUGAGGAUGCCAUCCUUACGGCGUCCCCGCCGCCGGGGGCUGCUGCCGCUGCUCAUACUGCUGCCGAUCCUGCUCACCUCCUCCUCUCGCGCCGUCGACGGCCGCGCUCCGGCGGCCACCGCGAGGAGGCAGCUGCACCAGCCCUUCGUGCCGGACCCGUCGUCCGCCGCGCCGCCGUCGCAGGCGCCGCCGGGCCCGGCGCCGCCCUUCUUCCCCACGCUGCAGGCGCCGCCCCCGCCGCCGGGCACGCCGACCGCGCCGGAGCAGCCCACGUACCCCGCGCUCGUGCUCCCCAACCCCAGCACCCCCGCGGGGAGCGCCACGGCCGCGCCCUCCGACGGCGCCCGCGCGGGCUCGGGAGGCAACAAGUCGUCCAAGAGCUCCAAGCUCGUCCCGGCCAUCCUGCUGCCGCUGCUCACCGUCGCCGUGCUCGGCCUCUCCAUCGCCUUCUUCUUCAAGCGCCGGCGCACCAAUGCCGGCCGCGGGGUCGGGGGCGGGUGCGUCGGCGGCGGGGAGAGCAAGUUCCUGCACCCGGAGCGGGCCAGCCUCUUCGCGCGCGACGAGUUCGGCGGGAGCGGCAGGGGCGCGCCGGCGACCACGGCGGCGUCCACGGCCCCGUCGGCCGAGUUCCUCUACGUGGGCACCUUGGCCGGCAGGGAGGACGGCAAGAGCAGCGACACCACCUCGUCCGGGGACGAGGUGUCUCGGAGCUCCGGCGGGUCGCCGGAGCUCCGCCCUCUGCCGCCGCUGGUGGGGCGGCAAUGCGGGCCGGCCGGGUCGAGAAGCCCUGGCAUCGGCGGGUCCUCCCCGUCGUCCGGGGACGAGGAAUUCUACUCGCCGCGAGGAUCGUCCAAGGCGUCGGGCUCGCAACGGACGCUCGCCGCGGCGGUCCAGGCCGCCGUGGCCGCGCGCGACCGCUCCAGGACCCCCUCGCCGGGAUCGGCCGUCAGUACGCCGUCGUACCCGUCUUCGCCCGGGGCGACGAUGUCCCCUGCACCUUCCUCCCCGCCUCUCCUGUCCAGCCCCGGCCAGUCGUGCCGCCGCUCCGCCAAGGCAAGAUCCGAGAGCGCGCGCGACGUCUUUGGCAUGCCACCGACGCCUCCACCCCCACCCCCUCCUUUCGCGCCGACACUGCCACCGCCGCCGCCUCCUCGCCGGAAACCACCGUCCCCAUCGCCACCGUCCUCUCCACUCGUGAGCACGCCGCCAGCUCUCAGAUCCGCCACCGACACCAUGCCAAAAAACCCAUUCACCCAGCCACCAGCCCCACCGACAAGCACGCGCGGACAACCUCCUCCGCCUCCGCCGCCUCCUCCGCCGCCGUUGGGCUACUGGGAGAGCCGCGUUCGCAAGCCCGGCAUGUCGAAAGAGGCCAUGUCGCCAGCGCUGUCUCCGCCACCCCAAGCCGCCAAUUCCAGGAGCGUUCCACCCACCGACGCUUUCCCCGGACGGCUGCAGGACAAUGCGGACCACGUCGACAAGUCCGAGGAGACCACGCCGCGGCCGAAGCUGAAGCCCCUGCACUGGGACAAGGUCCGGGCCAGCUCCGACCGAGCCAUGGUGUGGGAUCAGCUCAAAUCCAGCUCAUUCCAGGUGAAUGAGGAGAUGAUCGAGACGCUGUUCAUCUGCAAUCCGGCGAAUGCGGCACCCAAGGAGGCGACAAAGAGGCCAGCUCUGCCGACGCCCAAGGCGGAGAACAAGGUGCUGCUGGAUCCAAAGAAGGCACAGAACAUCGCCAUCUUGCUGCGCGCUCUGAAUGUAACCAAGGAGGAGGUCUGCGAGGCCCUCUGCGAAGGUAACACGCAGAACUUCGGAGCAGAUUUACUGGAGACCUUGCUAAAGAUGGCUCCUACCAAGGAAGAGGAGAUCAAGCUGAGAGAAUUCAAAGAAGAGACAUCUCCUAUUAAGCUUGGCCCUUCCGAAAAGUUCCUUAAGGCGGUUCUUGAUGUGCCUUUUGCUUUCAAAAGAGUAGACGCAAUGCUUUAUAUUGCUAACUUUGAAUCAGAGGUCAAGUACUUGAAGAACAACUUUGAGAUCCUUGAGGCUGCUUGCGAUGAGCUUAGGAACAGCAGACUAUUUCUGAAGCUACUGGAGGCCAUUCUCAAGACUGGCAACAGGAUGAAUGUUGGCACAAAUCGCGGCGAUGCGCAUGCAUUCAAGCUUGACACUCUGCUCAAAUUGGCUGAUGUCAAAGGCACCGAUGGCAAGACAACCCUUCUGCAUUUCGUCGUGCAGGAGAUCAUCCGGACAGAGGGUUCCCGUCUCUCUGCCAGCAACCAAUCAACGCCAAGAACUCUUGCGAACCCUCUCCGAGACGAGCUUGAGUGCAAAAAGCUCGGCCUCCAAGUGGUGGCUGGCCUCGGGAACGAGCUCAGCAGCGUCAAGAAGGCGGCGGCAAUGGACUCCGACGUGCUAAGCAGCUAUGUCGCGAAACUCGCAGGAGGAAUAGAGAAGAUCACCGAGGUGUUGCGGUUGAAUGAAGAGCUGAACACGAGGGACGACGCAUGGAGGUUCCAUGACACGAUGCAGAAGUUCCUGAAGAAGGCCGACGACGAGAUCCUCAGGGUUCAAGCUCAGGAGAGCGUCGCGCUGUCGCUCGUGAAGGAGAUCACCGAGUACUUCCAUGGCGACUCCGCGAAAGAGGAGGCUCAUCCUUUCAGGAUCUUCAUGGUGGUCAGGGAUUUCCUCUCGGUGCUCACUCAGGUGUGCAGAGAGGUCGGCAGGAUCAAUGACCGCACGAUCGCCAGCUCCGUGCGCCAUUUCCCGGUGCCCGUCAACCCGAUGAUGCCGCAGUUGUUCCCGAGGAUUCACGCGUUGAGAGCUGGAAUCUCCGACGACGAGAGCUCGGUCGCGUCGUCGCCCUGACCACCAGUAAUCUCCCAAUAGAAUUUUUCAUGGACCAUCAAUGAGGAAACCGCCAGAGAGCGGGAACUACACAAGGACAACUCAACAGGGUGGCAGCCUGGGCCUGAACACCCCUGGCACCGGAACUUCAACAAACUAGCACCGGCAUCUAUCCAACAUGCCAUAUGGCAAUGGCGCGGUAAAGCUCAGGUGAGUUGGAGGUAGCUGAGCACCCCCUAACACUGUGCCCGACGCUCGACACCCGCACGCACGAACACCGAUGGCGGCGGUCCUGUUCAUCCCUUUCUUUCCUGACUUUUUGUACCUGUAGAAUAUAGAAUGUACAAGUUUUUUGCAAAUAUUUAUUCCGAUAUAUAAGAAGGGACAAAAGGCUUUAGGUCAGACAUCAGAGGAGGAAAAAUAAUUAAGCAGUUCAUGUAUGUAUGUAUGUAUGUGGUCUCAAAUUCUGCACAUUAACAUGGAGCGGUGGGUAAAUCAGAUGUCGAAUUAUUCGUCGCCCCGAGCAAUGCUGUAAACAAAUUUCAAAAUGCAUGUUUAGUAGUGAAAAUGCUGUAAAUAUUUCAAAACUUUGCUGAA